AAGUGCACAAGUUCAUGGAUCAGACUAGUAGGAAAAUGGUGGUCGUAUAGUGGGGUGAUGUGUACGUGGAGCUUAACGCAAGUAAUAAUAAUCGAAGGAGAAAGGUCCGUUAUCGCGUGAAGUAAUAACGUGGAGAAGAAUAGGAAAAGGGAGAAAAAUAUGGGUGACACCAAAAUCCAACACGGUGCUCAAGAGAUGAAAGGAUGGCUCUUUAAAUGGACCAAUUAUCUGAAAGGAUACCAACGAAGAUGGUUUGUGCUGUCAAAUGGCCUUCUGUCAUACUACAGGGCUGAACCGACAGGGGGGCCAAAGAUUUCGACUCGUCGGAAGCGGAGGGCUGGCAGAGCCUCCGAGAAUCCAGCAGAAAUGUCUCACACGUGUCGAGGCACAAUAUCAUUACACGGAGCUUUGAUACACACCGUGGAUGCGUGCACAUUUGUUGUGAGCAAUGGAGGAACUCAAACCUUUCACAUCAAGGCUGCUACCGAAGUCGAACGACAGCAAUGGGUUACAGCUCUAGAACUUGCAAAAGCUAAAGCCAUCCAAGCUAUGGAAUCUGAAGAAGAUGAGGAGGACUAUCAAGACAAUGACAAUCAGAGAGGAGAGCACGCCUCUAUUGUAAAGGACCUGACGGAUCGCUUAGAAAAUCUUCAAACUUGCAAUGACCUUAUAACUAAACGCGGUGCUAUGUUGCAACGCGCUUUGAACGAUCUUGAAUCGUUGGAGCCACCUAGUCCAGAGCUUGCCGCGAAAUUUAAGACAGUUAGCGAGAGAGCAACACUCUUUAGGAUUGCUGCGAAUGCUAUGAUCAGUACAAGCAACGAGUACUUGCAUCUGGCACAGCAACAAGAACCCAAGUGGCAGAAGAUGCUACAACACGAACGUGACCAGAAGGUGCGAAUAGAGAAAAUGGUUGAACAACUGGCUAGGCAACAUUCUCAUUUAGAGGAAGCCGCGCAGCACGCCCUGCCUUCGGCAACUCCAGCAGGAGGACACAGAUCUUCUCACACAACAGUGAACACAUCUCCAUCAGAGGAUGAAGAGGACAAUGUCGAGUUCUAUGAUGCCCAGGAGUCGGAUACUUUUACACUGAAUAUUCCUGGGACUACGGGUAACUCCAUCUCUCAUGGUCGAGAUAGAACAGAUUCCCAGGGCAGCGAUGAUGGAUCUAGUUCUGAAGGAGAUCAGACUCAUUUACCUGGCAUAGAUCCUACAAGAACGGAUUCUUACCACAUAGUAACUGAUUCUACAGUCGUUCCAUCUUCUACCACGGGUGCUACUAGAGACGAUCUGGAUAACGCGGGCGUUCCUCCUGAGGUAAAUGCAACUUGGCAAACAAAUAAUGGCGGUGGGACGCCCAGUGGCACCAGGGUGACAACAGUAGCGAAAAGAAAGCGUAGAAACAGGGUGCCAGAUAAACCAAAUUAUCCGCUUAACUUAUGGAGUAUUAUGAAAAAUUGUAUUGGCAAAGAAUUGUCAAAGAUACCAAUGCCUGUUAAUUUCUCUGAACCGCUUAGUAUGCUCCAAAGACUCACUGAGGAUUACGAAUAUGCUGAAAUACUUGACAGAGCUGCAGAAUGUACCGACAGUUUAGAGCAAAUGGCAUAUGUUGCCGCUUUUACGGUUUCCAGUUAUUCGACAACAUCUUCUAGAACUGGAAAGCCAUUCAAUCCAUUGCUAGGAGAGACCUAUGAAUGUGAUCGUACAGAUGAUUUGGGAUGGCGUGCAAUUUCAGAGCAAGUUUCACAUCAUCCGCCAAUGGUGGCCCAAUUUUGUGAAGGUCGUAAGUGGCGUUGUUGGCAGGAAUUUACAAUGGGUUCAAAGUUUCGUGGGAAGUACCUACAGAUAAUUCCACUCGGCACUGCCCACCUAGAGUUCAAUACUGGAAAACAACAUUAUACAUGGCGAAAGGUCACAACGACUGUUCACAAUAUUAUAGUAGGAAAAUUGUGGGUGGAUCAAAGUGGCGAUAUGGAUAUCAUUAACCACGCUGAGGGCAUACAAUGUCAUCUCAAGUACAUCCCGUACUCCUAUUUCUCAAGAGAUAGCCAACGGAAAGUUAAAGGUGUUGUAAUGAACUCAAAUAAGGAGGUGAAAUGGGUCGUGCAGGGCACAUGGGAUUCCAAGAUUGAGAUUGCUCCUGUUAUCAGCACAUCUGGUCCACCUGAUAAUCCUGUUUAUAAAACAGGGCCUUACAUCCUGGCCUGGAAACGUCGUAUGCCUCCAGAGGAUUGCGAAAAGUAUUACUUCUUUACGGAACUAGCUUGCCAGCUAAAUGAACCCGAGGAAGGUGUAGCGCCAACCGACUCCAGGCUGCGACCUGAUCAACGAUUAAUGGAGAAUGGACUCUGGGAUGAAGCCAAUGCACAAAAGCUUCGACUUGAAGAGAAACAACGCGCUGUGAGACGGGCGCGAGAACACGAAGCUGAGAAAGCAAUGGAGCAAGGUUUGCCAUAUGAAACUUAUGAACCAAUAUGGUUCAAGAAGCAACAGGAUCCAUAUAUGGAUACCCUCUGUCACAUGUAUAACGGCGAAUACUGGGAUUGCAAGAACAAAGGCGAUUGGUCGCGAUGUCCAAACAUAUUUUAGUCUGUUAUUUAAAUUCUUCGCUCACCGCAAAGAACAAGCGAUUAUAGCGGGUGUGGCGGAUGGUACGACGAGUUCUGACAAACGUAGUGAAAUAAAUAGCAGAAGAAAGGGAUAUAUGGAACAUGAGAAGGAAACUCGGUAAUGGACUAAUUCUCCCAAGAGCAGACGAAUUGAAACAUAAGAAACUAAAAACAAACAUUGGUAUCUUCAUUGCUUAGACGGGCAUGAAUGUUUUUUGUACGACAUUACUUCCUCGCUUGCCAGACAAAAAAUAAGGAUAAUGAAAAACACUUUGUCUCUAUUAAUUCUCAUUCUUUUCGCGCAUCAAGCUGCAAUCAUUUGUAUGUAUCUUUCUCGUCGCGGUAACUGAUCGUGCCGAUAUUAUAUAAAAAUCAUAACGUACAAAGGAUAUCUAACGUACGCGAUUGGACAACAGACUUUCGUUACGAUUCUGCAAUUCCUCAGUCCUUACGAAAACGUCCGUAUUUCAUGAACACUAUAUAUACCGAGUAGUCCAAUUAAAAGUAGGUGUCGUAGGCAAUGCACUUAAUUGCUGUCGAUACUUUUGGCUGGGCAAGCCGGUAUAUAAAAACGAACAUUACAAAACCCAGGAAUGAAUAGUCGACGAGUGUGAUUACUCAUUAAUUCGUCAAUAUCAGGAUAAAUUAUUGUAAAUACAGUUAUAGAGGGUUUUAUGUAAGUGUUGGGAAUAAACUUUUAAUUAUCUGUGUAAAUAUACAAAUCGGGGUCGGCAGAUUGGCCAUUUCUGCGCUUAUCACGAGUGUAAACGAAACGAAAUGAACACCAUAAUUCUUAAUAGUAACGAUUUUCUUGAUUUAUACUUCAUACGCAGACCGACAUCUUCGUUCCCACGUCGUUAGUUACGUAUUUACAAUAGUUUCAAUUGUCCAGCGAAAAAUGGUACAACAAUAAUUCAUAUCGUAAGCUCCAAAUCAGUGUUUAGAGUGACGAGAAAACCAAGAAAGAAAAUAGAGAACAAUUAAUAUAUGGUUUGAUCAUCCACUGGGAGUCUUUUAUUCCAUUGUCCAACUACGAUGUAUGCCUAGAUAAUAUGAUAUACCGGACGGUCCUUAAAUUAUUUUAAUCAUUAUAAAAUAAUAACAAUAAAUCACGUUCCUGUCCGCACCGAUUAAAUAAGUAUGCAAGGAGAAGGAGGGGGGGGGGAGAAUAGUAGUAGGCAGUAUGCAAGUGUCACUGCAGCAAUACAGAGUCUACAAGGAAGAAGGAUAAAGCCGUAAAGUGCUUGAAUUUUUGUAUUAAGAAAAAACAAACAGUAGAAGAGAAAAUAAAACUAUGAGGAAAAUGCAAAAUUAACUUAUAAAUAGUAAAUGCCCAAAAUUAUAGCGUCGCUGCGGACUUCGUGCGAUAUGAUUCUGUGUACAGUGAAUAAAAAAGAGACACUAGGCUUGCGCAACGAGUUUCAUGGAAUUUCAGUGUGGACAAAAGGGGAGCGUGCUUUGCACCGUUAUCUAGAAAAUAAGGGUUGCUAAGAGAAUGGAGAAUUAGUAACAAACAUUUAAUAAAUUGAAGAGAGAAGGAACAAAAUAAAAAAAUAGAUAGCGCACGAGCUUCCAAACUAUUGAUUUAAAGAGGCUUUAAAGGCUUUGUACACAUUAUUACUACAAAUCUUUCCUACCCACAAUCUAUAUUUGUUAAUAUCUACUAAUAAUAUUAUUGAGGAAACCAUCCUACUGUAUAUCCCUAAUUACGUACUCACAAGGAUACUACACAGGCUGUUUCCGUCGAGACAUCCCUCGUUUGAGACGUGUGCGCGUGAAAAAGAUUAGAGAUAAAGAAAAAAGAAAUAGAUAUUGCGAAUUUGACAGCAAAAGAGAUGCGACCUAGUUUGACAUUGAGAGAAACGGCCGACACUACAGCUAAUAUUUACAAUUAAUUGUUAUACAUUAAAUCUGUACAAUUAUAUCAGGCUGUAUUAUAAUUUUAAUAGUUGAUCAUGAUGAUGAUUAUGAAAAAGAAGGAGAUGAUAUAUUAUCUGUAUACAUAUAAAUAUGAAGUAACUAUGAAAUAAAUAAUUUAACAGAAAUAAUUGUAACUUGGAUAGACACAAUUGUUUGAAUAAUAGUGCUUGUAUGGUAGAUACAUAUUCAUUUGAGAAGACAAAUACAAUUGCUUCGCUAUAAGGAGUUGCUCCUUUGUAAAAUUCAUUCGAUAUGAUUUUUAGUGUAUCUGCCUCAGUUGUAAAAGUGCCUGCAAACUUCCUUAUGCAUAUUGUAAUGUAAUGUCAAUUUUCAGCAAGAAUACAGCAUUUUUUUUACAGC